AUGUCAUCCCGCGGCGGCUACCAAGGCGGUGGUGGCCGAGGUGGCGGCGGCCGAGGAGGUGGUGGCCGAGGAGGUGGUGGUCGAGGAGGUGGUGGCCGAGGCGAUGGUGACCAAGGCGGCUUCCAAAUCUUCAGGCCAACUGGAGCUCCAACCCAACCGGACCCUUGUGCGACAAAGGUCGAAGGGGAUAUACUUACACAAGCGAAAGCAUUCCCGGCUUCCAUGCACCAGUCCAAUUUUCCACCCCGUCGUGGCUUUGGUACCGCCGGUGAAAAAACCUUCGUCCGUGCGAACUAUUUCCCUUUGAUGUUCAAAACUGGACAAAGGUAUUACCGAUACCAAAUAAAGCUCACACCAGAUGAGGAAAAGCGCUCAACAAGGCGCCGCAUUAUCGACCUCUUCAUCGAGGAGGGUCUUCGUGAGUUCAGCAGUGAGGUUGUCACUGACGGUGGAAAUCUCUGCUUCGCAGCUCAAGAGCUACCCUUGGAAAAGCUCGGCCUUGGUGAGGGCAAGAAAUUCCUAGUCAAACUAUGGUGGAAAGAUGAUGUUCCUCCUGGUCCGCAUCCAAAGUCCAAGGAGUUUGGUGUUCAGAUCCGAGCUCAGGGGUCGCUCUCGGCAUCAGAUCUUACUGAAAAGUACAUUAUGGGCCAAAGCAGGCACCGAGAUCCGGGACAUGAGGAGGACGAUGAUAUCUCUAAGGAUCUCAUACAAAUCCUCAACAUCGUUCUUAACCGGGGCCCUGAGAUGAAUGCUCGUACAGCCGGCGCUGGAAGGAACAAGUUCUUCCAGUUGCCCUCCAAUGGUGGUAUUGCUGCAGACCUCGGAGGUGGGCUUGAAGCUAUCCAAGGGUUCUACAAAAGUGUUCGUCCUAGCUUUGGAAGGGUCUUAUGCAACAUCAAUGUUAUAGCCUCUCCUUUCUAUAAGGAUAUGCCCAUGACCGAUGCCAUCGGACUCUUUUGCGGCCGAAACAUCACGAAUCAGCCUCUUCGUGACAUGGAAAGGAAACGACUUUCUAGCUUCCUUCGUCGUGUCAGAGUGACCCUUCGUCACUUGGGUUCCAAACCUUGGGUCAUUGGACAAGUAUCUCAUCAGAACGCGGACGAGGCUACCUUUUCAUCCAACGAGUAUGGUCAAAUCAGCGUCCAUCAAUAUUUCAAAAAGAAGUAUAAUGUCGGUCUUCGAUACCCAAAACUCCAGAUAUUCCAAUCAGGAAACGCCAUGAUCCCCAUGGAGCUGUGCACCAUCACGCCAGGCCAACUUUAUCGUGGUAGGAUAUCUGAAAAUCAGACCUCGAACAUGAUUCGAUUUGCUUGUCGUGAUCCGAGUUCGAAUGCGAAAAUCAUUACAGAGACUGGCUUGAAGACUCUGGGGUUAAAUAAUGAUACAGCUUCAAUCCCUUACAAGUUUGGCGUGAAAAUCAACGAGAACAUGGUUGUUGUUCCUGCUCGCAUCCUUCCGACCCCAAUGAUUCAAUACUCCAAGAGAACCACGGAGGUCGAGAUGGGGAAGGGACAAUGGAACCUAAGAGCUCAAAGGUUCUACAAGGGGUGUGAACUGAAGCGUCUUCUCGUUGUUUCCUUCACUCGCACUCGGGAUAGAGCCUACACACCCGAGAACAUUGCUCGGUUGAUCUCGCAGUUUCGAGAAACGUGCGAGGACGUUGGAAUCGACCACAGCAAAUCUGAUGCUCUGGCUUGCCGGGAGGAGAGGGUUGAUGUCAACGGAUCUGGCACCGAUAUCGAACCUCUUUUUAGGAGGUACUCGGUUACUAAACCAAAUUUGAUGCUAGUGAUCCUCCCCGAUGAAAUCAAAGACCUGUUUCAGCGCGUAAAGUAUCUAGGGGACUUAAAAGCUGGUAUCCCCACGGUGGUUGUUUUGUUUAGCAAAGCAUCUAGAGGCAUCGACCGUCAGGGAAAUAAACAGUAUUGGGCAAACGUAUUGUUAAAGGUCAACACCCGUUUAGGAGGUACCAACCAUGUGCUCCCAAGGGAUGCUUUGAAGUGGCUCUGGAACGGUGAACUGCCGGCAAUGCUUGUCGGGAUGGACGUCACGCACCCAUCUCCUUCAAGUGCCCAAGGUGCACCUUCGAUGGCGGCCGUCGUUGCGAGUUGUGACAGCAGUUUCAUGAACUACCCUGGAUCGUUAAGAAUCCAGGAGAAAAACGAAAUGAUCGGUGAGCUGAAGGAGAUGUUCGCCGAGCGGCUGUCUUUGUUCAAAAGGAAUGUCGGGUCCGUACCAAAGACCAUUAUCAUCUAUAGAGAUGGUGUCUCCGAGGGCCAAUACUACCAUGUUUUGUCCCAAGAGCUUCCGAAGAUUCUUGAUGCAUGUGCGGAAUUUGAACCGCAAUAUAGGCCAUCCAUCACCUUGGUUGUCGUGGGGAAACGACACCAUACCCGUUUCUACCCCACCGAAGACAAUUCUGCAGACGACAGAAAGAAUUGUCUGCCAGGCACAGUGGUUGACCGUGGUGUUACGGACGUAUAUAACUUCGACUUCUUCUUGCAGGCCCACAAAGCGCUACAGGGAACCGCUCGACCUGCGCACUAUUUUGUGCUCCGCUGCGAGAACAAUUUCUCCGCUGACGAUCUUCAAAGGAUGACAAUGAAUCUAUCGCACCUGUUUUGCCGGGCUACGAAGUCUGUUUCCGUCUGCCCACCAGCAAAAAUGGCAGAUCUAGCUUGUGAUCGAGGCCGUAUCUACUUACAGUCUAUUAUGGACACAACCUCUGAUGCAAUGACCGAAUCGGCCCACGGCUCCAAAGAGACUCCUAAAGAAGUAUUCGACAGGGCUUCACGACUGUGGGGCAAUGGAGUCCACCGAGACCUUAGCCACACAAUGUUCUAUAUAUAA